AACCUAACUUAUAACCUUAUUUUUGGGUUGGAUAAGUUGGAUUAGAAUUAAAUGUUUUGAAAAAGAUCACAUUGUUGUUUUAAAAUGUUUAUUGCAAGAAAUUUGGCUAGGAGAAUACAAAACUACAAUAAUCGUUUACCAGUUUUGCAAGGAAUCAGAUUCCUAUCGAACGAAGAACCCACUAAAGCUGAUGGAGGUGGUUAUGCAAAGGCAUACGAAAAAUUUGAAAACAUCAAAGAUGAGAAGGAUAAAAAUACACCACAAAAUUUUACAUCAUUAUUGAGGAAUUCUAGAUUAAUUGAUUUAGGAGAUCCUGAGAAUAAAAUCGUAGUAGGAAAAAUAUUUCAUAUCAUAGAUGAUGAUUUAUAUAUAGAUUUUGGUUGGAAAUUUCAUUGCGUUUGUCCUAGGCCAAAAAAGAAUGCAGAGAACUACAUUAGAGGAGCGAAAGUGAGAUUAAUGAUAAAGGAAUUAGAAUUGUCAUCAAAGUUUUUAGGCUUUGAAAAGGACUUAACCCUACUAGAAGCUGAUUGUGUAUUACUUGGCCUGUCUCAGGAUAGGAGUCAAAAUUCAAACGCACAGUAAAUAGUUUUUUAAUAAUUUAUUUUAUAAUAAAAUACUUUUUUUUUUAAUUAGACACAAUGUGUUAACAGGCAAGAUUGUUAUUUAAAUAUUUAUGAAUAAAACGAAUAAAAUACAUUUUGAGAGUUUUAAAGCUUCUUAUACCAAAUCAACAAUUUAUGUACACUGAGAAAAAUUACAAAUUUUACAAUAAGGUAAUGUUUGAGUUAAAUUUAAACUAUUUACUUAGAUUUUACGAUUCGAGUUAAUUUAAUAUCAUGGUUUUGAUACCGCGGUAAGUUUUAGAAUUUUGUAUUAUUUGUUUCAGUGUUAUUUAUCAGUAUCCUUUAAAUGAAAUAAAACUAUUGAGGUAUUUUUAACAAAACAAUUCAUAGCACCAUAAAAAUGACAAAAAGAGGCUUUUCUACCUAAUUUAAACUGCCAUAUUUAAAUUUGGCAAAUUUUAAGGUCAUCUCAAAAUAAUCCAUUAGGCUUAAGUCUGGCAAUAUUGAAAGCUAGCAAGAAAACAUUUAAAUGUGACUGAAAAAGUUCACUGAUUAUUUUUUAUAAGACCUACAAAAUCUUCCGAUUUAACCCCAUUGGAUUAUUUUCUUUCAUAUUGCUAAUAAGUACAACUAUAUACAGCCUCUUAAAUAUACGGUUUAUUGAAAAGCAUUAGUUUUAAUUGUUAUUUUCCGUAAUAAAUUAUACAAGGUGAUUAGAAAUGAGUCGCCUUGUAUGUUUUUGUUUCUAAAUAAGGCACUUUAAGAAUUCUUAGUACAUUUUAAAUAAGAACAAGGUAUGUAUAAUGUUUACAAAAUUGUACAAGGUAGACCGCAGCACAACGGCAGACACACUGGAACCACCGUGGCUCCACUGCUACUCUUUGAUUUGCUUUUACUCUCUGCUUCGUACUGGUACUUUCCUGACGCUUUGGCAUAUCCUCCCUAAAAAAAUAAUAAUUUUUAACAUCCAAUUUACUGCAAAACCUAACCAAAAUUGAGGACCUUGAUGCAAGGGGGCAGCUCCAUUUUUGUUAACUUUUGGGAAAAGAAAAAUAACGUUUUAUAAAAAUUGCCGAAUGUUUUAUCAAACAUAAAACAUUAUAAAAGGGUGAUAUACAUGUAAUUUAGAACUUCUUUGUUGGUGCCAUAUCUUUGUUUAAAGAAAAAAUGCAAAAAAAAACAAUUGGAG